UCGCCUACUCGCCAACUCUCAACUUGUUUACUCGCCUACUCGCCGCACUCGCAUCUUGACCUUGGAAAAAACUGAUUUAUUUCUUUGUUUUCAUUUUGCGACGAAGACUUCAUGCUUGUAGUCGAUGGUCUCUCACUUGGACUAUACUCGCUAUACUCGACUAUACUUCUCUAUUCGCCUACCCUUGAAAAAACGGAUAUAUUUCUUUCAUUCUCUUGUCAUCUGGCGCCGAAGACUUUACGGUAGUAGCCGAUGGUCCCUCACUAAAGACUGUACUCGCCUUCCUGCCCCUGAAAAAAAAGCUUGCUAUAUUUCUGAACUAUUUACAACUUGUGUGUCUUUUCAUUGACAUUUUGAGGACAAAGACUUCCCGUUAGUCAUCGCUACUCUCCCACUUGGACUGUACUCGCUUGUCUACCCAGAAAGAAACUGCGAUAUUCCUUAACUAUUUACAAUCUUGAAUGUCUUCCCGUUGUCAGUGUCUUCUCCUCUCAACUGUCUACUCGUCUGUCUGCCUAGAGCUGUGAAUUAUGGAUCCCUUCCCCGAAAAAAUGCUUUACACUUCUUCUCCAUUCGAGUUUUGUGUGUCUGACGUACGCUGUAUCAUAUCCUCAAGUGUUGCGAGGUCAAGGUUGCCCCCAGUGAAUUUGUGUCCGCGUGUUCGGUCCCCGCAGCAUCCAUCCUUCCGCCGUCGUCAGCAUCUUUCAUCUCCUCUCCUCUUGCGGCCGCCCAUUUUUCCUGCGUCCUCAUGAAUUCUGCCUCGUCGGUGCGGUCUGCUUCCACCCCGUGCCUGUGUUCACCAUCUCCUGAAAAUGGCCUGCGAAUUCUUCAGAUACGUGAGGCAGGAGCGUGCGGCACAAUGGCCACACCACCCGAGGAGGCGAACAGCUACGGCGACGCGGGGAGCGAGGUGGGCGGGUCGGAGGUCGUGCAAACCACCGGCGGGGCAGAAGCAGCAGCCGGCGCCGGGGCUGGGCUGGUGGAGGACGUGUGUGUGUUGCGACCUGCCCUCACCGUCUCCCAGCGGGCCAGGGACUACCACUACCAGCCCCAGGAGAAGCCAGGCCUCAGAAAAUGUGUGCAGACCAAGUUGCGUGACUCCUUCGCCUGCUCCGGAAAGUGCCUCAAGAACGCCAUCACCAGCAAAGUGCCGAUCCUCUCUUGGCUGCCCGAGUACAGUCCCCGCCAGUCCCUGCUCGGUGACGUCAUCGCGGGCGUCACCGUCGCUAUCAUGCAUAUUCCACAAGGUAUGGCGUAUGCCCUCCUGGCCGGCGUGCCCCCCAUCACGGGCCUGUAUAUGGCCUUCUUCCCGCUGCUGGCCUACGCCGUCCUGGGCACCUCGCGGCACUGCUCCAUGGGCACAUUCGCUGUGGUGUGCCUGAUGACCGGCAAGGUGGUGGGGGAGCUGGCCGGCACGCCCACGUCAGCCGCAACCGCAGCCUCGAGUUUGGGGGAAGCCGCGGCCAACAGUUCCUCCGUUGACGUUGGGGGCACGUACACACCGGUCCAGGUGGCUGCCGUUGUGGCGCUGAUGAUCGGUAUAGUCCAGGUGGUGCUGGGGCUGCUGCAGCUGGGCAGUCUGUGUGUGUUCCUCUCGGACAUGCUGGUGUCGGGCUUCACCACCGGCGCCGCGGUGCACGUCAUGACCUCCCAGAUCAAGUACCUCUUCGGCUUGCAGGUCCAGCGCUACAGCGGGCCGCUUAAGAUAAUCUAUACCUACAAAGACAUCAUCAGCCAGAUCCUGCACGCCAACCCCGCCGCCAUGGUGAUUUCCGGACUCACAAUUGCUACUCUUGCCUUCAAUAAUGAAGUUUUGAAGCCAUGGGUGCGCACCAAGACAAAGAUUCCUGUCCCCAUUGAACUGCUGGUUGUGAUUGGAGGAACCGCUGCAUCAUACUUUGGCAGACUCAAUGACGACUACAGCAUUAGAAUUGUUGGGGAAAUCCCUACUGGAAUUCCAGCCCCAGCACUGCCUCCCUUUGAACUGCUGCCGAAGGUGGUGGUGGACUCUGUGGUGAUCAGCAUUGUUGCAUACACAGUGUCUUAUUCUAUGUCCAAAAUAUUUGCCAAGAGACACAACUACCAAGUUGAUGCAACCCAAGAACUCUAUGCAUUGGGACUCAGCAAUGUGUUUGGCUCCUUCUUUGGGUGUGCUCCCAUUGCGGCAUCUUUGUCUCGCUCCCUGAUCCAGGAAGCUGUCGGAGGAGUCACACAAAUCACUUCCUUUAUUUGCUGUGGCCUUAUUCUCUUGGUGCUUCUCUUUAUUGGCCCAGUCUUUGAAACACUUCCUAAUUGUGUCCUCUCAUCAAUCAUUGUGGUGGCUCUGAAGGGAAUGUUCUUGCAAGUCAAUGACCUCAGACGGGUGUGGAAAAUAUCCCGUGUUGACGCAACGAUCUGGAUCUCCACAUUCCUGGGGGUCGUGAUCAUUGAUAUUGACUACGGACUCCUGCUUGGCGUGGCGGUGUCGCUGCUGGUCCUUCUCAGCCGCUCACAGAAGCCAAGAACUGCCUGCCUCGGACACAUCCCAAACACUGACCUGUACUUAGAUGUGUCUAAGUACCACUCUGCUUGUGAAAUUCCAUCAGUGAGCAUUUUCCAGUUUGGAGGCCCAAUACAUUUUGCAAACACGGAGUACUUCCGCACACGGUUAGAAGUGGUUACCGGCCUAAACUCUACUACUUUAGCAUCUGCAAAGAAAUUAUUGCAGGAAUCACAAGCUCCCAAAGCAGAUGGGGCAGCUCAGCCAGAUAAGGAAGUCAAUGGAAGUGUCUUAGGUGACAAGAAGCCCAACAAGUUGGUAAUGCUGUUCAAGAGUGCGAAAAAUGGAAGAAAACACAAGCACCUCACCAUCUCAAUGCCGGAAGUGAAGCACAUCAUCAUAGAGAUGAGUAGUGUCAGCUACAUUGAUUCAAGUGCCGGGAAGCUUCUCGUUCAGCUCUACAAGGACUAUAGUGCAGCAGGAGUAUCACUUUGUUUGGCAGCAUCCUCAGAGUGUGUGCUAGAAAUGCUUGAGGAAUGCGAGGCCACAAAAGUGAUUGGACAUGAGAAUAUUUUCCACUCCACGCACGAUGCUGUCACAAAGCUGAGAGGUGUUGAGUUGUCUUCUGCUGUUGCUGGCAACAGUACAAAAUUGUAACAGCAAAUACUGCCAUAUGAACAAUAUUUUUUUUUCAGUGGAAUUUAUAAGUGCAAUAUUCACUUGCAAGCCAAAGUAUGGAAUAAGCACUGUUAUAUUACUAGUUGUUGUGCCUUAAAAUGCACUAGUAUGUGUGACUUUUUUUUAGAGGAUCAUAUAUAUAUAGAAGGGUCCAAUACAUCAAUUGGUAAAGUAUUCAUACUCAACAAAAUUUACAUAUCAUUUUUAUCAUAGAGCAUCUUCAGUGUACCUGUGAAGUGUGUACAGUAGUAGCAGCUAUAAACAUAGAAAGCCAGGUUUGUGAAACUUUUUCAUAAUGUUUUUAGUAAUGUUUUGAAAAAAAAGUAUUAACAUAAAUUACUGCCUUCAGUUUAUAAAGGACAAUCUGUGCCGGUAUUGACGGCUGGCUCUGUCGGGCUGGCACACAAAAGAUAUCACCCGUCAUGACAGUAUGCACCGAGUGCCUGCUAUGAUGCACAGAGUGCCUGCUAUACAUGCCCCCUCAAAAUAAAUUCACACCAUGUCACAAAGGAGGAAAUUUUCCUCAUUUUGUUAUAUACUAUGUAUAUAAUAUUUAUUCUCACAUUGUCGUGAGCCAUGAAAUCAACCUUAAUGUAUGCCUGUAAAUUUUCAGGUGUAUUAUUAAUAACUGCUAAACUUAUUUACUCCUAAGAAUAAUCAGGGAAUUCACCAAUUAUUUUUGUUAUUCAUUUAGAAGACUUAGUAAACAGUUUUCUAUCAUGAAAUGUGUAUUUUCUUAAUAUCAACUAGAAAGCUUACCUCCUCCAUAUACUGUUAACAUUACAAUUAUCCCCUUAGUCAAAACUGGAAAAUCUUAAUAAAGUAAUAUAUUUUGACAUUAAACAUAUGUAUUUUGCAAAUCAUAUUCCUAAAAUGUAUUUUAAGAUAAGUGAGAAAAACACUUAAUUUGUGUAGCUGAUGUGUAAAGAUUUUAAAAUAUUUUAAUUUUACAUGACUAGUCUUUUGCUUUCAGCAGUGAUGAGAGAAGCAGAAUUUUGGAAAGUUGAAUUCCAUAUUAAAUCUGCUUGUACUUGUCCUCUUCUUAUUUAUGACAUUUUUGAAGAUUAAACAUAAUUUUAAAUAUAUACUUACAAUUUUCAA